AUGCGACGAUGUCUGGGGCGUCUGGGGCUACGCGACGCGUCUCCGGACGAAGAGGAAAGCCGGCUCAACAGUCGGACGGAUGGGGCAACGGAUGGGAGAUUAGAUACAAGAAAUGAUGGCAGUACGCAUAGUCGAUCAGAUCAUGACGGACCGACGUCGAUGAGUACGGAGAGUCGGGAGGAGGAGUCGAGUCGGUUGAGCCGAAGGAGCUCGGUUUUGGUGGAUCUCCUUGCCCUAUUUCGACGAUCCUCCAGUUUUCACAUCAAAUCGCAUCGAAUUCGAGGCAGCAAUGAUGAAAUGGACGAAGACGGCGAUGAGGACGAUUCGCACAACAUGACCAAGGACAAAAUCCUCGAAGCUAUUCGCUAUAAAAAGGAAAUUAUCGGGAAUUUGAAGAAGCAGCCCUGGAAUAUGAAGCGGAAAAGGAGAACGUUAAUAGUAGCGCGGCGGCAUCUGCAGCGCCAGGAAGCAAAAGUCUCCCGGAUACAGCUGUGGAAAUCCGAGUUGGGCAGGAGAUUCACGCAGUUCAACCGAUGGUCUAAUAAUUUGAAGAUAUACCUGAUACCAUGGGAGGCGAAGAUUAAGCGCAUUGAGAGCCACUACGGCUCCGUGGUCUCCUCCUAUUUCACAUUCCUUCGGUGGAUCCUCGGCAUCAACGUGGUGAUGUCGAUGAUCAUGGGCCUUUUUGUGAUUUUUCCAGAGUGGCUAGCCGACGCUCGUGCGCCUGUCGGAAGUGAUCGGUACAAUCGGACGAUGAGCCUGAAGGUAAUGCCGGCCGACGUCAGAAAACACGCUGAUGAGCUGAUGAUGAUCUGGGAUUUUGGGGGCUACUUUCAAUACUCACAUCUUUUCUACGGGUUCUACUCUCGAGAAACGUAUUUUGGGGACACGAUACAGUACCGCGUGCCGGUCGCCUAUUUUCUCGUGAAUAUUCUGAUCCUGGCCUACUCGUUUUUCAUCAUAUUACGGAAAAUGGCAUCGAACUCCCGUACCAGCAAGCUGUCCUCCGGGAAAACGGAGCAAUACGUUUUCAACUGGAAAAGCUGGACGGGCUGGGAUUAUACGAUCGGAAACGCGGAGACGGCCAGCAACGUGGUUAUGGCAAAUGUCAUCAAAUUUCGGGAAGCAAUCGCCGAGUUCAACGUCAAGCUCAAAAGCAAGGUGCAAUUCCUCCAAAUCCUGCAGCGAAUCCUGGCAAAUCUGUUGAUCGUCUCCCUCCUCGUUUUCUCAGGCUGGGCCAUCGAUGCCGUGUCGAAGAUCAAGGAGAAGGACACGUUCAUCAAGCAGAACGCCGUGCCAAUUGUCGUCUCGUUCAUCACCCUCAUUUUCCCGAACGUCUUCGAGAUUAUCGGCAAGAUGGAGAAGUUGCACCCGAGGACGGCGUUGCGGUUUCAGCUAGUCAGGGUCUCCGCGCUGUACAUUGUCAAUUUCUACACCUUUUUCUUGUCCCUGCUGGAGUUGUUGACAAAGAUCGAUGCCGAUCGUGAUCAGUUGAAGGCGAAAUACAUGGCAAAUCUGCAGAAUGAUCUGGCGAACAGCAAGGCGCUCUAUCAAGUGGGGCAUCGUUCUCUGCGGCAUCUCCUCGGUCUCGUCGAUCGUCUACCAACCAUGAUGUCCGCCCUCGCUCCGGGGACUACGGUGAUGGCCGACUAUGGCCCUUUUGCUGUGCAAAGUCCCCGGGCGGCAGUUACCAACAAUGGGCAGAUGGCCUCCCAGAAUGUGACAGUGUUCAGCUACAAGCCAAUCGGCCCGAGCACCCACUUCAACUACUCGCAGAUGGAGCAGAUCACUUUCCCAAUUGCCGCCACAAUGGCCCCAAAAAUGGCGUCGUCGUGGACGAAUUUGCAUGAGGAUCUGUGCUGGGAGACGCGUAUCGGACAGGAGAUUUCCAAAGUCGUGACGAUGGACUUGUUGAUGACGGUGCUCGCUAUCCUCGUGAUCGAUUUCUUUCGAGGGCUUUUUAUUCGAUAUACGAAUUUGUGGUGGUGCUGGAAUCUGGAGAAGACCUUUCCCGAAUACGGCGAGUUCAAAGUGGCCGAAAAUGUUCUGCACCUCGUCAACAACCAGGGCAUGAUUUGGCUGGGGCUAUUUUUCGUACCGAUGCUUCCGUUUUUGAAUAAUCUUAAGAUCUCCAAGACAUUCCCCAAGGACGUCAAGAUCGCCUCGGCACUCAAGAUCACC